GUCACUCAGCUCCAGCACAGCAACAAAGGAGGAUGCGGAGCUGCGUGCAGGAGCCAAACACCGUUAAAAUGCUCUUCUUUCGCUUUACGAGACCGACGUAACACAUGUAACAGUUGUCCGUAUUUAUAUGGAUAAAUGAAGUGGCGCAGGAUUCGUUGGAGGAAGCGGGGGGAGAGAGAGAAUGUACUGGGUCGCUGGUUUCGCCUCCUCCCGGUCGUUCGUGGUUGAUCUUGGCCGGAAUCAAAGCCCGUCCUUCGGGUUGUGUGGCUCUGAUGAGCGUCACUUAUUUUAUGGGUACAUAGUAGCCGUCCCUGCGCAGGAUUUCGGCGGGAUCAUGUCGGGAUUGGUAUCGGAUUCCUGGUGGAGGAAGACGCUUUACAUCACCGGAGGUGCCCUGCUGGCUGCGGCUGCGUAUCUGCUGCACGAGCUGCUCUCCAUCAGGAAAGAGCAACAGUUGGAUUCUAAAGAUGCCAUCAUCCUUCACCAGUUCUCCAGGCCAAAAAACGGGGUUCCAAGCCUGUCACCUUUCUGCCUGAAAAUGGAGACCUAUCUGCGCAUGGUUGAUCUGCCCUAUCAAAAUUACUUUGAUGGAAGCCUCUCUUCCCAGGGCAAGAUGCCUUGGGUUGAGUAUAAUUACGAGCAGGUGUGCGGAAAUGAAUUUAUAAUUGACUUUCUGGAGGAGAAACUUGGUGUGAGCCUGAACAAGAGUCUGAGCGCUCAGGAGCAGGCGGUAGCGCGGGCCAUCACCACCAUGGUGGAGGAACACUUGUACUGGACCAUUGCAUACUGUCAGUGGGUGGAUAAUGUUCAAGAGACUCAAAGGAUGUUGGACCUUCCCGGGCCCCUCAGUGACCUGCUGAAAUGGAUCCUGUGUCAGCUGACUGGUGGCAUUGUAAAGAGGGAGAUGUACUGUCACGGCAUUAGCUGCUUUACUAAGGAAGAAGUUUACAGCCUCAUGGAGAAGGACAUGCGCACACUGGCCACACUGCUAGGGGAUAAGAAGUAUAUCAUGGGUCCCAAGCUGUCCAGUGUGGAUGCCACAGUGUUCGGUCACCUUGCACAAGCCAUGUGGACACUACCUGGCACACGGCCCGAGCAGCUCAUUAAAGGAGAACUGAUCAACCUCGCCAUGUACUGUGAGCGCAUACGGAGGAAGUUCUGGCCCGAGUGGUUUGUGGACUUAGAGGACUUCUGUUACGACAGCGACAAUGACACCAGCAGCGGGACGCCCACCUGCAUGCUGGACCUUGGUCUCUUUUCUAGGACAGACACUUUAGAGGAUAGCGAUCUAAGCCUCCCGUCACACAGUAAUACACACUCGCAAGACUCAGACCACUCCGGACGCUCGCUCUCAGACUCUGACAUUGAAGCAGAUGGCUCGGAUGUGGAGCAGCAGGUCAAGGGUGAAAUCUAAUAGAGGUUGCUUUUUAUCUGGUGUAACAGAGCAUUUUGCGAUGUGUAGUGGCUCCAAAACUUAUAUUGAUAUGUCUGACCUGUAUGAAUCGCACUUUGAUGAACCUGAAUUAAAAACAAAAUGCGUGUAUACAACGUGACGUCAGUCAUGGACAUGUGCACCUUAAGAUUUACACCACAGAAGUUGGACGCAUGUAAAAGAUCAUUCAUUCUGCCUUCAUCCCUCUCAGAACUGUUUAUAUGUCCACGGUUUCAGUAUGAUUUCUAAUUAACUUUCAUUUCAAGGAAACAAACAUUUCGUGAUUUUUCAGUCCAAUCAAUACGUCUGUUUUCUCUCGAACUUUAAUCAAACAUUUGCUCCGGAACACAAUCAUGUAGCAAAACACUAGCUUGCAUGAUUCUAGGAUGUUUGUGCGAAGUUGACAAUUUACCUUUUUUUGACAGACUGAUUUCCUUUGUGCAACCUGAAAGUAAAUCUGUGAAUUCCUCCCUCCUGUUGAAACCUAAUAAUUCCCGCUCCCAGAUCAGCUCAAGUACAUAAAAUAGAAAUGAAGAUGGAUAAAAGGAUUUAGGAAGCAUUUAAUCCCUGUUCUACCCGCUUAAACACAAAAAAAUAACAAAAUGAGAAUCCAGUCCUCACAAAUAUUAAGGCUAAUACAAUAGAACUGAAUCCCUUUCUGUCAGUUUUAUUUGUUAGGGCUCCAGUGUGUGUCAUCAGUGUCAGACUCUUGAUCAGUCUGAAUGGUGCUUACUGCCUGUGUGCCUGAUUGCAACCAUUUGUGCAUGUGUGACAGCCUUUCCUCUUCAUCCCUGUGUGUCUCUUUGUGUUCGAUUCUGUAAUACAGACCUGUUUGCUUGUCACCACUUGAGGGCACUGUGACCAUUCACAUGUUGAGUGGGUCCUAUGCAGCCACUUGUAUUGGCGUUGCGAGCAUCCCUCGCUUCAAGCUUCUGCCUUAAAAUAACGUUUUAAAUAUUAAUAACAACAGUGAACACUAAACGGUCAACUUUAAUGGCUUAGGAGUCUGAUUAUACAUUUUUCUUUAUCCAUGUGUGUGAUUUGUGUACCAAAGUGUAGUUCGAGCAUACUUGAGCAGAUUUGCCUUAGUUGAGGGAAAAUUGUUGUGAUCAAUUGCGGCAUGAUGAGUUUACCCUCUUUCUGUUGAAUUUACUUGAAGCCCAAGCCUGUACUAAAUGAAUUUAUUUAAAUCUCUAUAAUGUUUGAUUUGUUACGCAGAAUUCUAUCGUUUUCUUUCCAUAUUGUUGUUUUGCACAUUUUAGAUUAUUGAAAGACUUUGGACAAUGUAAAGAUAUGGAUUGAAACAUUAGAGGACAUAAAGCAGGGUCCAUACAAUCAGUGAGAUAUGCUAUAUGUGAGUGUGUAUGAUAUACAGUAGUUAUCUAUAAUACAUCAUU